GCCAGUUGCAAAAAAAGAAAAACGUACUUUGCCCACUGAGAUUAAUUAGGUAGUGGAAAGCACAGGGAAUUAAACUGAGGUGUUUGAGCCGGAACAACAGAGAAGAUUUUAUCUCUCCCGGAGCCAAAACAUCAUUUUGAGAGGACUUGUUGCACCAGCAGGAUACACGUUUCUCCUCAGUUGUGUCAUUUAAAUUCCACGCAGUCGCUCACUGCAGUUGUGCUCCAGACUCUGGCUCAGAGUUCCCGGGCGUCGUCAUGGAUCCCAGCAGCUGGAGUGGCAGCGAGAGCGCUGGAGAAGACAUCGAGAGGAUGAGCGACUCGGCCGACAAGCCCACAGACAACGAUGCCGAGGGGGUGUGGAGCCCCGACAUCGAGCAGAGCUUCCAGGAGGCGUUGGCCAUUUACCCCCCCUGCGGCAGACGGAAAAUCAUCUUGUCUGAUGAGGGAAAGAUGUACGGUCGAAAUGAAUUGAUUGCCAGGUAUAUUAAAUUAAGGACAGGAAAGACAAGGACGAGGAAGCAGGUCUCCAGUCACAUUCAGGUCCUCGCCCGGAGAAAAUCCCGUGAGUUUCAGUCCAAAUUAAAGGAUCAAAGCGUGAAGGACAAAGCGCUCCAGAGCAUGGCUUCCAUGUCUUCGGCUCAGAUCGUCUCGGCCACGGCCAUCCACAACAAGCUGGGUUUGGCAGGCAUCCCCCGACCCACCUUCCCCGGGGCGGCAGGGUUUUGGCAGGGCAUGAUAUCCACGGGUCAGGCUGGAUCCUCACAAGAUAUAAAACCGUUUACACAGCAGGCCUACCCCAUUCAGACGGCAGUGACAACGGCCAUUUCAGGUAUGACCCCCCCCACGGCCCCAGCCCCCACCGCACCCGCCUGGCAGGGCCGUUCCAUUGGCACCUCCAAACUCCGGCUAGUCGAGUUCUCCGCCUUUCUGGAACAGCAGCGAGAUCCCGACUCAUACAACAAGCAUCUCUUUGUGCACAUCGGCCAGACGAACCACUCGUACAGCGACGCCCUCCUGGAGUCGGUGGAUAUCCGUCAAAUCUACGACAAAUUCCCCGAGAAAAAAGGAGGUUUGAAAGAACUGUUUGGGAAAGGACCUCAGAACUCUUUCUUCUUAGUUAAGUUCUGGGCUGACCUGAAUUGCAAUAUCGAGGAAGAUUCUGGGGCGUUCUAUGGAGUGACCAGUCAGUAUGAGAGCUCAGAAAACAUGACCAUCACCUGCUCGACCAAGGUCUGCUCUUUCGGCAAACAGGUGGUGGAGAAAGUGGAGACGGAGUAUGCGCGUUUUGAGAAUGGACGCUUCGUGUAUAAAAUCAGCCGAUCGCCCAUGUGUGAAUAUAUGAUUAACUUCAUCCACAAACUAAAACACCUACCUGAGAAAUAUAUGAUGAACAGUGUACUGGAGAACUUCACUAUUCUACUGGUGGUCACAAAUAGAGACACACAGGAGACCCUGCUGUGCAUGGCAUGUGUGUUUGAAGUGUCCAACAGUGAACAUGGUGCACAACAUCAUAUCUACACACUGGUGAAGGAAUGAGAGACAUACAUUCACACCAUGUAGACUGAGACAUGUCAGGCAGCUAGUCGUUGCCCCAGACACCACCCCUCACCCCCCAAGGUCCCCCCGAGGAACGGAGGCGUCUUUGUUUCAACAGAAACAAAACUACGCCACAAAAUCAGUACAACUAAUACCUUGUGAGGAGACAGGACAGCCAGACUUCACUGCAAGAACCUUUUAUAGACUUGACAACCUCUUAUAAGUGGCUGUGCCUCUUCAAAAUAAAAGUCCCAUCCAGUGUGUGUUUUUAUCACCUCUGGGUGAAGUCUAUU